AUGGAAGCGCAGGCUAGCCAGUUCCGUUCUGUCGUUUACAAUGCGGCAUCAGCUGGACAGCUGCCUCGAGUAAAAAUUUUCACAUCAAACAGAAUACAUGAUGCAGAAUGGAUUUGUGAGUGCUUGAAUCACAAUGAGAACGAUCGAUACCCCCUAGUUGCUGCUUCAAGGCACGGGCACACAGAUGUUGUGGAGUAUUUGCUAGACAUUGGUGCCGAUCCAUCUGUUCGUGGAACUGUGGAAUUCGACAAUGACAAUAUUCAAGGAACACCUCCUUUGUGGGCUGCCGCUGCCGCGGGACACCUAGAUAUUGUAAAACUUCUGGUGGAGAAAGGACAUGCCGAUGUGAAUCAAGCCACAAAUACGCAAAGUACACCGUUAAGAGGAGCCUGUUAUGAUGGUCAUUUGGAGAUUGUGCAAUACCUACUCGAGAAAGGCGCCGAUCCACACAUUCCAAAUCGACACGGACACACUUGCCUUAUGAUCGCAGCGUAUAGAAAUAAGAUCUCCGUUGUCCGUCAACUUCUCGCCACCGGAAUCGACGUCAAUUGCCAGACAGAACGUGGCAAUUCAGCUCUCCACGAUGCUGCUGAAUCCGGAAACGUCGAUGUCGUGAAUAUUCUUCUGGAUCAUGGAGCAGUCAUGAUGAAGGAUAUCCAAGGAGUUGAUCCUCUGAUGGGCGCUGCACUAUCCGGAUUUCGAGACGUUCUCUAUGUACUUGCCGAUAAGAUGUCUUCUGCGAUUCACAAGAGAGAUGCCUUGAAGCUUCUUGGAUCCACGUAUCUGGAUAAGAAAAUGGACGCAAUGACGGCAAUGGAGUGUUGGAGACAUGCGAUGGAUGUUCAGUUGCAUUCAGAUGAGAUUCGGGCGAUUCGAGAGUUGGAGACGUUCUUUGAGCCGAAAGAAGUCUAUGAAUAUCAACGGGAAGCUCAUAAUAGCUAUCAGAUAGAGCAGUUGGAUGGUAAUAUUGAAGCACAGAGAAUGCAGGCUCUCGUAAUUCGAGAACGUAUUCUUGGUGGCGCCCAUACCGAUGUUCACUACUAUCUGCGAUUCCGUGGAGCGGUUUAUUGCGAUAUGGGACAAAUGAGCAGGUGUUAUGAGCUGUGGAAGCAUGCGUUGGAGUUGCAACAAGAACACUUCGCUCCCCUGUACUUUGGUACCAUAACCACCCUCCAAUCGUUCCAAGAGACCUUCUCAAUGUCCCUCAACGAUUAUCAAAUCAACCAUCAAGCCAAUUUCAAUCUACGUGUGAAGUUCUCCUGGGUUGAAUAUGUCUUCGAUCGAUUAUGUUAUGAAAUGGAACGAGCUGCUGAUUGGACAGGACCACCGCUUCUAGAAGAUACCGAAUGUUGUGGAAAAGAUAAAUGCACACAUGCUACAGUAGACUCAGAGUACAAGAAGCUAGUUGUUGUAGCUGUUCAUCUGAUGAAUGUCUUCGAACGAAUUCAACUUCCAUCGGUUCGUGGGGACGACACCGAAGAGGAAAAGUAUACGAAGCUGGACCUGGCAAGAUUCGUGAAAGUGUGCAAAAAGCUUCGUGUUCCGGUUCUUCACUAUGCCCUUGAGGAGAAGGCUCCGGAUCAUAACUCGGAUCUCACACUACCAAAGGCAGCAGUUCUUCAACAGCUCCUGGAGCAGGGACUCGAUGUGAAUGCUCCGUUUGAAGGUGGAGACAUCCCGAUGCAUUUGACACUUCGAGCCAAGGAAUUUAGAAAAAGUUUGAUUUCGUUACUGCUGGAUCAUGGAACAUGGUUGUUUGCAAGGAAUGAGAAAGGAGAAAUUGUCUACGAGAUGAUGAAGGCGUUGGAGAGAGAAGAAGAUAAUGAUAGGAGAUUCGUCACUUUUGCGGAUUUGAGACUCGGCCGCCGUAUAACACUCGCCGGAUUGGUUGCCAACGCGAUGAGAACGAAGUAUUCCGAAAUUUUUGAUGGAGUUGAGAGAGAUUUUUCAUUGGAACUCAGAAGAUUUUAUUUGCAACAUUAG